GUUGACCCUACUCUAGCAGAAAUGGGAAAGAAUCUGAAUGAAGCAAUGAAGAUGCUAGAAGACAAUCAAAGAAAAGUGGAAGAGGAAAAUGAAAAGAAGUAUGCACGGAAGGAUAUUCCUGGACCACUCCAAGGCAGUGGCCAGGAUAUGGUGAGCAUACUUCAGUUAGUUCAGAACCUAAUGCAUGGAGAGGAGGAAGAAGAAACUUCCCAGGCCUACCGACUUCAAAAUGUUGGUGAACAGGGUCACAUGGCUCUACUGGGACAUAGUUUGGCUGCUUAUAUAUCAGUGCUGGACAGGGAAAGACUGAGAAAACUUACAACAAGGAUCCUUUCUGAUACUACUCUCUGGCUCUGCAGGCUUUUCAGGUAUGAAAAUGGAUCAGCAUAUUAUCAUGAAGAUGAUCGUGAAGGUCUCCUAAAAAUCUGUCGACUUGUUAUUCACACACGCUAUGAAGAUUAUACAGUAGAAGGAUUUAAUGUGCUAUACACUAAGCAGCCUGUCAUAUAUAUUAGUUCUGCAGCUAGAACAGGCUUGGGCCAAGCUCUCUGCAAUCAGCUAGGGUUACCCCUUUCUUGCCUGUGCCGCGUGCCUUGUAACACUAUGUUUGGAUCUCAGCAUCAAAUGGAUGUUGCUUUGUUGGACAGAUUGAUUAAAGAUGAUGUUGAGUCUGGAAAACUGCCUUUGUUGCUUGUGGCCAAUGCUGGUAAGUGCUUAGGGAUGAAAAAUAACAAAAAAA